CUCGACGGUUAACAUUCCAGAGGUUAUAGUCGCACUCUCUAAGAGCUGCAUCAUGUCUGACCUGGUGGACGACAAGCUGAGGAACUACAGGACGGCGCCGUUCGAUGCCCGCUUCCCCAACACCAACCAGACCCGCAACUGCUUCCAGAACUACCUGGAUUUCCACAGAUGUAACAAAGCUCUGUCAGCCAAAGACCAGGACACGGCUCCCUGCCAGUGGUUCCAGAAGGUCUACAAGAGCCUCUGUCCUGUCACCUGGGUUGAAAAAUGGGACGAGCAGGUGGAGGCUGGAAACUUCCCUGGGAAGCUCUGAACUCGCUGCUUCUUUCCUCCUCAUCCAUCAUUUGAAGCAUUCUGCUCUAUUGUGAAUAAAUGACACAAUGUUACAGUGAAA